UUUACGAACUCGGUUGAAAAAGUUAUUAACGGAGGAAAAAACAUGAAAACGGUUAAUAUGGUGCUUGUGCACUUAUUUCUACUAUGCAUGGUAUUCAAAGAUGAUAAAACAGCAGAAGCAAAAAAAGGGAAAAAAGGAACAUUAAGAUAUUAUAACAACAGGAAAAUGAUUAUAAAGUGUUGCGGCAAACUUUCAUGCACAAAUUUUGCUGGUAAAGUAAUGCCUGCCAGUAUCAUCAGUCCAUCUAAGAGCUUGAAUUAUUCGGCCAAGUUAACAACAAUGCUAGUUUAUGGAAGUACUGAGACUACCGAGCAACCAACGGAAGUUCCCAACACAGAUAUUGUGACAUCUAAUGGAACAGUUGAAGAGUUGACGUCAGCGAUUUUUGCUUCAGAGUCGCUAACUGACGCACCAAGUUCCUCAAGCACCUCAACAACAACAAGAACCCCAUCUUACUUGGCCAAAUUAUUAACAACGCUAGUUCUUGGGAGUAUCGAACAACCGACGGAAGUUCCAAGCACAGAUCCUAUGAAAUCUAAUGGAAAAGUUGAAGAGUUGACGUCAGCGAUCUUUACUUCAGAGUCACUAACUGAGGCACCAAGUUCCUCAAGCACUUCCAUAAUUAGUACCUCAACAAGAACUGUAUCUUCAAAAACCUCAGUACCAUCAACAACAACAUCAACAAAUAUACGUUCAAAAUCAACACACACAAUAAUGUCAUUAACAAGUACCUCAACACAAGCAACAAAAAAACUGACAGUGUCUACAACCACCACGACCACAACAAAAGCUCCAACCAGAGAGGAACUUAUCCGAGGAAUUUGUGACACAAAUUUCAAGAAAAACGAAAAGUUACUUGAUAGAGACGGGACACUAAAAGAUCCUGAGAAAUAUGGAUUUUGGGUACAGUCGUGCGGGCAGCAAUUUCUCUUUGGAAAAUCUUUGGCCACAUGGAGGGACAAUUUUGUUCGAUGUUACGAAAUUGGAAUGGAGCCCCUAACAUUUGAAAAUGCGAGCAAACGUCAAUGCUUCACCAUACUAGUCGCCAAAUGGAAAUACACUUCCAAUUACUGGACGUCUGCCUUAAGAGUGAACGCAACUGACUUUUCGUGGUGCACCAAAAACGGGUCGUUUUCGGUUGAGAAAGGAAAACUACCGUGGGCGGCAGGACAGCCUCAAAAUUUCAACAACAGUGAAAAUUGUCUGCACCUCAACGUGUCAAAAGCGAACGCGAAUUUCACUUUCUCGGACAGAACUUGCACCGAUCCGCAAAUAUUCGCGUGUCAAGGACGACCAACUCCGGCCCCUACGUGCUCAAGUCCAGUCUGCCCAAAUGUAACUUGUGCGAAAAAUGAUUCCUUUUUUGCGGUUGUAGGAAAGACACAAUACUUAACAAAUCCAAGUUCCCAUGGAAGAUGGUUUACUUAUAAUGGGCGGACUUAUCUCUUUAGUUUUCCAAAUAAGUCCACCACUUAUAUCGGAGCGAUGAAGGCGUGUUGCGAAAUUGGGAUGACUUUGUUAAGCUUAGAGUACGACUACAAAUACAAAUCAGUCAUACAAGCGAUUAAAGAGAACGUAUCGUCGAGUGACUUUUUCAGAACUUCCGGCAGCGAUCGUGGCUGUGAAUCAAAUUUUGGCUAUUGCACGGUGAAUAGAACUUUGCGUCAAAAGGCCGUGUGGGCACCAGGUCAACCGGACAACGCCGACGGAUAUGAAAGUUCCGUCGUUGUUUUUAUCGACUCGGCAAAAGCCCAGCUAUUUGACUACAACGAGGACUCAAAAAUCAGAUACAUUUGUGAAGUGAGGGAUUCUUCAAAUGCAAGCUCUGGAGGAACGGCAGUGCAAGACGAGUGCGCUGCAAUUUACAACGUCACUCAAACUGAAAUUGAUGGUCUUUUAAACCCGAGCAUCAAAAAAGGCACAAGGAUAAGGUGUUUUCUCAAAUGUUUGGGUGAAAACUCCGGCUUGAUGGUGAAUGGUAAAAUUUUGGAAAACGAAAUUUUGGCAAUUUUGGAAAACAUAGCUGCGGGAAAUUUUGACGAACUGAAAAAAAGUAUGGAAGUGAUGGACGAGUGCGGAAAAUCCACAAGUGGAAUGGACGAGUGCGACAAAGCGGCCCAAAUGAUAAAAUGCAGCAGCGAGAAAGCGCCUAAGGUUCUAAAAAGCGUUGUCAUGGAGAUGGACAAAGUGAUGCCUGUGGAAAAGUACCCUUUGCCUCCAGUGGCAGUUUGUCCGGAUACAUCAUGCAGUGGUGUUCCUAUUGACACUGUUUUACGCAAUGCAGUAACCAAUUGCGUCAACAGUUUUUGCGAACUCUCAAGUGGUUUUGCAUUAAAUCGGUGUAACAAGAAAUACUACCACCAUAAGAUUCCUGUUCCAUACAAUGAUGCAUCCUCCGUUUGCUGCCGAGUUGGCAUGAAAAUAGCCUCCAUUGAAAGUGAUGACGAAUUAAACUGUCUCUCUGAAAGCACCCAUUAUUUGGUGGCAGAUUGGACGUGGGUUGCGUUAAGCAGAGUCAACAGCACCGUUCCUCGAUGGUGCACCUCUAACGCUACAGUGUCAUUUUCAGGAUAUACCACUAUUUUAGAUAGCUCAGACCCGGCCCUCGACAUAUAUAUAGUGCAACUACGCGCCAAGACCAUAAGAGCAGCACAACAUGAUUACUUUGAUUGCGUACUGUGCAAAUAAUGCAGCGCCUGCUUGAGUUAAGAAUUUACAAUUGACGUGACAUAAGACAUAAAGACAGUAAAUACUCUUCAUUAAAAGCUAACAUAUUAGGGCCUUCUCAAGAUCCAGAGUUGGGGGCGGUGCCGCCGUAAAAUUCAGACAUCAAACAUAACUAUGCUUUAAUUGGUUCCUCUUGGUUUAAUGUCUAUUCCAUCCCCUUCAUGCAUUCCAUCCCUUAAAUCCCAUGUGACUUUGGUGUUUCCUCAAAUAUCGCAAAAAUCCUUAAAUUAAAUCAUCCAAGCUCUCCUUAUGUUUUAGACUUAUAUUCAUGAUCUUGAAUGUCACUCUAGUUUUUUACUAGGAAUUCUGAUUGAUUAUAAAAUCAAUAUAUUUUAAGUUAAAAACAAAAGUAAAGUUUUUUUAAACAAACAUGGAUUAAAUACAAUAUUGGCCAGAAUGGAAUUUAUCACAGCUUAAUUGGUAUUAAUGGAAAGAGGGGAAACCUCAAAAUGGAAAAUUAACAAUCAAUUAACUGCUCUCGAUGAAUGUGUUGUGUGUUCUCAAUCAAUAUUAUGCACUAUAUUUAAGUUUAAUUUUGCAAAAGAAAUUUCACGAUCAAGAUAAAUUGUUAAAACUGAAAGUCGAUCGGCGAAUAAUUUCCACUCAAAAAUGGCUGUUAAAAAUUGAAACCUACUGGUGCUGAAAAUUAUGUAAAGCGCGUG